CGAUGCGCGAGAGAAGUGAGGAGCGAAGAUAAUUGAACCUUUAGAGGCUUGACUGUACAACCUUACGCGACAAUUUAUCCACAAUUUAAUCGACUUUCGCCACAGGAAAUAUAUUAUCCUUAUUUACCAGGUGCUUACGACACUGUUGAACGAUACGCUACACAGCUAAAGACUGUCUCUGGGAAGGAAGAGAUCACAGAACACAGAAAAGGUCUGAAGGAUGGGGCCAGGUGGGGCUGUCUCUGUGGCCCUGCUAGGGUUCACCCUCCUGGGGUUGAUCUAUGGCGCGUUGCCCCUGAACCCGGAUGACCCUAACGUGUGUAGUCACUGGGAGAGUUAUGCUGUGACGGUCCAGGAGUCCUAUGCCCACCCCUUUGACCAGGUCUACUACACAAGGUGCACCGACAUCCUCACCUGGUUCAAAUGUACCAGACACAGGAUCAGCUAUAAAACAGCGUACCGUAGGGGUGUGAGGACUAUGUACAGAAGGCGUUCUCAGUGUUGCCCAGGUUUCUACGAGAGUGGAGACCUGUGUGUCCCUCAGUGUUCAGUAGAAUGUGCCCACGGUCGGUGUGUGUCUCCUGAUACCUGUCAGUGUGAACCGGGCUGGGGAGGAGUGGACUGCUCUAGUGCAGACGGACCCUCCACCAGGUCCUCCUCACACCCCUUCCCCAGCCAGCAGCAGGAUGGGGAGGAUGAAGACCCGGACCAGGGAGACUCAGAGGACCAGGACCAGAGCAGACCAGACCACCCCAGGGACAGAGCUCUAAACACGGCCUCCCCUGCUGAGGCGGACUCCCUGGUGUGUGAGGGAGCAGUAGCCAGCCCUGUUCCUGAGAUGAGCAACGAUAGCAGCGACUGA